AUGGAGUCAUCCCUGAUCUCUCGCGAUCUCGACUUACAGCAUGGAGAUCCAGAAACCAAGCGCCAAGAAAUCUUAAAGUAUUUCCAACAGACUUGGGAUAUCGAUGAAAUGGUCUACACACAAUUAAAGUCUGAUGAUGUUUUCUAUCACCGUGGAGAUCCACUCCGCCACGUUAUCAUCUUCUAUUAUGGCCAUACAGCUGCCUUUUAUAUUAACAAGAUGAUGUUGGCCAAAAUGAUCGACCAUCGAAUCAACCCAAACUAUGAAUCCAUUUUUGCUAUCGGCGUCGACGAGAUGAGCUGGGAUGAUCUUAAUAACAAGCAUUACAACUGGCCAUCCGUUGAUGAAUGCCGCAAAUACAGAAAGCAGGUCUACGAUGUUGUUGUUAACUAUAUCAAGACUGCUCCGCUUACAAUGCCAAUCACAUGGGAAAAUCCAUUCUGGAUCAUUCUUAUGGGUAUUGAGCACGCAAGAAUUCAUAUUGAAACAUCAUCACUUCUCCUUAGACAACUCCCAAUUAAUGAACUCGUUUCUGGCAGAUUUGGAAAGAUCUGCACUGAAUACCCAGCAGCUCCAAAGAACGAAUUGCUUCCAGUCCCAGGAGGCGUCGUCAAUCUUGGAAAAUCCAUGGACCAUCCAACAUACGGCUGGGAUAACGAAUAUGGCACACAUACAGAAACCAUCAAGGACUUCAAAGCUUCCAAGUACCUCGUUUCUAACGAAGAGUAUCUUGAAUUCGUCAAAGCUGGCGGCUAUCAUCAGCAGAAGUACUGGACAGAGGAAGGCUGGAACUGGAAGGAAUACAAGAAAGCCGAAAUGCCAUUGUUCUGGAUCAAGGAAGGCGAAGAUUACAAGUUAAGGCUUGUAGCUGAAAUCAUUCCAAUGCCAUGGUCCUGGCCUGUUGAGAUCAACUACCUCGAAGCCAAGGCCUUUACAAACUGGAAGGCUGAAGUUACAGGUAAAAAGAUCAGAUUACCAACAGAAGCUGAAUGGAUGAGACUCCAUGAGUACUGCCAAGUCAAGGACAUCUUGGAAUGGAAGGAAGCUCCAGGAAAUCUCAACUUCGAGCACUACAUGUCGACAUGCCCAGUCAACAAGUUCGCUUUCGGAGAAUUCUACGAUGUUGUCGGCAACGCUUGGCAAUGGACCGAAUCGCCAAUCACAGGAUACAGCGGUUUCAAAGUUCACCCAAUUUACGACGAUUUCACAGUUCCAACAUACGAUGGCAAGCAUAACCUCUUCAAAGGUGGUGCUUGGCUUUCUUCAGGAAAUGAAGCUACGAAAUACGCAAGAUACGCUUUCAGACGUCAUUUCUACCAAGUUGCGGGUAUUAGAUACAUCGAAUCCGACCAGGACGUUGUUAUCAACACUAAUGAAUACGCAACAGACCCAGAUGUCGUCCUUUCAUGCGAAGCCAGCUACGGAGAGAAAUACGAUUCAAAUCCUCUCUUCCCGAACUUCUACAUCUCACUCAAACAACUCAUUCUCGAUGUUACAAAGGGCAAAGACAUCAAGCGUGUCUUAGAUCUCAAUGCAGACACAGGACGUCUUGCAUUCGAACUUGCCUCACAUUUUGAGGACAUUACAGCUCUUGAUUUCACCGCCAGAUUCCUGAGAUUUGCAAUCCAGCUCCAGGAAAGAGGCUGCGCUCGUUACGUAUUCAAAGACGAAGGCGAGUUGUCAUUCUACAGAGACGUUGUCCUUGAUGAGUACGGUCUUAAGAAGCGUGACAACAUCCUCUUCAUGCAGGCUGAUGCUCAGAACAUUAAGGAACUUUACACAGGUUAUGACCUUGUAAUUAUUCCAAAUCUCCUUGAAGAACUCAUUUAUCCACGUAGAGUUCUUUCUUCCAUUCACGAGAGAAUGAACAAAGGAUCAACUCUCAUCAUCUCUUCUACUUACGAGUUCAACAAUGAAAUCACUAAGCGCGAGGACCUCCUUGGUGGCUUCAAGAAGGACGGAGAACCAGUUACUUCUCUUGACGGACUCAAGGAAGUCUUAGGAAAGCAUUUCGAACUUGUUCAAGAGCCAAAGGACAUUUCAUUCCUCGUUAAGAAGUCUUCAAGAGUUGCUGAGAUCAGAAAAUCUCAAGUUACUGUUUGGAAACUUAAGUAA